AUGACACUGUCUCACAAGCAACUGUCUUACACAAACAACGAUGAGCUUAGAGGUUUAGAACAAGCUAGGCCGGAGAAGAGCUUGUUCGAAACUGCUCAAACGUUAGUAGGUGGGAUCUCUACAGAAAUACCUGAACUUCCCGAGGUUAUAGUUGGAUUGGAAGCUCCUUUGAAGGAUUUGAAGACAGAGCUUCUUGGGAAUGAAGGAUUCUCAAUGCUUGUUGUCACCGCUCCCGGAGGAUGUGGGAAAACUACCUUGGCAACAAACUUUUGUACAGAUCAUGGAAUCCGAGAUAAAUUCGGCAAAAACAUCUUCUUUGUCACUGUUUCGAAGAAGUAUAGCUUAACUUCUAUUGUAGAACAACUAUAUCGACACAAGGGUUCUUCGAUAGUAGAGCGUUGUAAGGGAUUUCCACAUGCCAUUACAGUGGUGGGUAGAUCGGUUUGUGCACAACCUAUAGAGAUGUGGCAAAACAGACUAAAUCAAUGGUCUAGAGGUUCAUCAAUAUUGGAUUUUGAGACUGAAUUACUUCUUUGCCUCCAAAGCAGCUUGUAUGCUUUGGAUAAGGAAAAGGCUAUCAUCAAAGAAUGUUUCUUGGAUCUUGGUUCAUUUCCUGAAGACAAAAGAUUGAUAUAUGGUCCGAGUUAUAUAAUAUAG